CUGUCCUGUCCUAAAACUCCACAGAGAGCCGCCAUCAAAAAACCAAAACUCAUCGACUAAAAAAAAAUGUCCACCGGAGAUGAAACUCACACGUCCGUAGCCGAGAGAGGCACAAGAAAGAGAAGAGUCGGCUCAAAGAACGGUGGAAAGUCAAAAAACAAGAAGCAAAAGUCCCAACCUCCUUCCUCCGACAGGUUCAAGCUCACACAGAAGAAGAAAAAGCUCUUUCAGAAGAGAGCGCGUGACUACAACUCAGACGAAGAAGAAGAAGAUGAACCGAAGAAGGCACCAGAAGUAACCAUCCGUGAGAAGAUCUUCACGGAUGCUAACAUGGGACCGAACUACGAUGAGAUCGUAGAGGAUGAAGAUGAUGAGGACAAGGAUGAGGGUUCUGAUGGAGAGGAUCACGGGGAGAUUCAAUCUGGUAUCACUAGGUUUGGUGAUGAUGAUGGAUGUAAUGCUUUUAAGAUGGCUUUUAAAGCUAUUAUGAAGAGUAAAGGAGAUGAUGCUUUGGGACCUGUUUUAUCAGCACAUAAGCAUCUUGUAGCUCAGAAGCUAGCUGAUGAGGAAGCUGAGAAGAAGGCUAAGGGUCAGGCUAGAAAGGCCAAACAUUUGGUUGCUGAGAAAGGACAUGUUAAACCUGCAAACCAUUUGGAGUCUCAUGAGAAGAUUCUUAUAGGUGUUGCCACUAAAGGAGUGGUCAAGCUUUUUAAUGCUGUAAACAAGGCUCAACAUGCUCAGAAGGGUUUGAAUGCUUCAAGGUCAAAGGAUGCUAAAGUGUUAAAGAAGCGAAGAAAGGAAGCAUUCUUCUCUGAGUUGGGGAAAACACCUAGAACAGACUCCAAGGCUCAAAAAUCUUCAAAUACCAAUGAAGACGAAGCUCCUGCAUGGGCUCCUCUACGUGAUAAUUACAUGUUAGCAAACCCAAAGCUGAAAGACUGGGACAAAAAACAGGAAGCAAGCGAGGGAGAUGAUUUUGCUGCUAUGUCAGGAGAUGAGAGCUAUGAAGACUGAGUGUUACCAAAUUGUUUGUAGUAGUACGGACAGCUUUUUUUGAUCAAUAUGAAUGCAGUUUUUUUGGUAGUGACAAAAGGAACUAGAAAGCAAGAUAAUGUAAUAUCAAAGAGAUAAAAAGGGGUUAUAAUUAUUGUGGUUGGCUUUGAAAAAUAGUAUAAUC